CCUGGCACCCCUGAUCUCCACACCUGGCGCCGCUGAUCUCCACACCUGGCUCCUCUGAUCUCCACACCUGGCUCCCCUGAUCUCCACACCUUGCUCCUCUGAUCUCCACACCUGGCGCCCCUUAUCUCCGCUCUCACCUAAAUGAUGCAGAAAUAUAAAUUAUCGUUCUCCGCCUUCGCCUCGUUCUGGCUGCUGAUUGGCUCCUGGUGUCCUCAGGUCCAUAGUGCAACCUAUAGAUUAACAUAUAACCCCAACAUGUUUGAUGAUCAAUACAUUGGCUGCUCUGAUAAACUGGAGAAGUACAUUAUGCCCAAGGUACUUCAAAAGGAGAAGACAAAUAAGCAGUUUAAGGAAGCCUGGAUCAAUGCAACUGAACUGUGGGAGGAGAUAAAAGAUAAUCUUGACCUUCCGGAAGGGUUUGAGGAUGAGUAUGGAGUAGCUCUACUGAUUUUCACCAACAAAUAUCCAGAAGAAAAUCCCAUAUACCAGCAGCUGAAUGGAAACCUCACCAUAGCGGGAGCCUCCAGAAUAGAUUACAUGGAGAAGUUUCACUUCAAAGCCCUUCACUUCUACCUAACAAGAGCUUUGCAGAUGCUAAAACCCAACUGUGAAGAAAGCUACGUAACGUAUAGAGGAAGUCAACACUCCAUCCAUGUUCAUCCAGUCUUUAGGUUUGGUAGAUUCACUUCAGCUUCUUUGACCCAAGAGGUGGCACACAUCUUUGGCACUGAAUCCUUUUUUAAAAUAACAACUUGCUUUGGUGCCAAAGUUGAUAAUUUUUCAUUCUUUCCAUCUGAAGAAGAAGUUCUGAUUCCCCCAACAGAAAAGUUUUUAUACAUCAAAAAACAGAAUUCAGUCUAUAUUCUCCAAAGUACCGGUCAGAUGUGCAGCUACUUCAACUGCGCCUAUCUAGAAGCUGAGAAGAGAGAAGUCGCAGUCUGUCGAUCAGAUACACAUGAAUUAGAAGAAGAAACAAAAGAGGAAAAUGAAAAGGCCAUGAAGAUGACAACUAUGUCUCCUGUUGAAAUGGAGGAACGUCUAAAAGUCCUUGAGGAUCAGAUCAGCCAGAUUCAUGAGUACAGAAAUGAUGACCAAGCCUACACCAACGAAAUUCUUACAGCUUUGAAUGAAAUUGACAACUCACAAUCUGUGGCGAGACUGGGAGCCCUGGUAGAAGAAGGUCUGACUGAGCUGGAAAAAAAAAUUCUGCACCUUGUCUCACGUCAUGAGGAACUACUGGCAUCAAUGCAGGAGGUCGAAAUAUUUCAAGAAGAUCUGACUGAGCUGAAAAACAAAAUUCUGCACAUUGUCUUACGUCAUGAUGAACUACUGGCAUCAAUGCAGGAGAAGGUCGGAAUACUACAAGAAGGUCUGACUGAGCUGAAAAAAAUAAUUCCGCACAUUGUCUCACGUCAUGAUGAACUACUGGCAUCAAUGCAGGAGAAGGUCGGAAUACUACAAGGUAUUUUUGUUUUGUUGAUCACACUUCUUGUCAUUGUCGGUUUUACAACAAUUUGCAGCAAUUUCUUCAACUGGAUGUGAGGUUAUUGGCUUCUGACACCACCAACCUGACCGGGGCAGCAGACAACACCAAUUAUCACCGAUUCACCCCAAGAAUAUGAUUCAAGGUUCAAGCGUAUUCCAGACAUCACAUGGGGUUCUACUGUUGAUGGAUAGAGUUGGCUUCUGGUGACCUUUCUGGCAAAUUUUAUAUUAUUUUAUAAUUAUAUAUUUUAAAUUAUAUUAGUUAUUACAUGGUCAAAGGUGGUGUUUUUUUUGGGGGUGAUUGGGACAUUUUUGGGUCAUUAACCCAUUUAUUAGUCACUGGGGCAUUUUUGGGUUCA